CCAACACGAGUCCAGAAUUCCAAUUUUGUUGCAAAUAAAUCCACCUCGCAGUUGGCAACUAAAAGUCAAAUAAAUCGCCUAGCAAUUGAGAAAAUUGAGAAGAAGAAAGCUAUUAUUUCAUCCAAAGCGAAUUCGGACACUCGCCAAGCUUUUUCCAAAUCAAUCUCUGAAUCACAUAGCACAUCUAAUGCUAGGGGUGAAAAGCGUACGCCACGUGAAUUUCUUGUUCGUGAGUCACCACAAGUUAGAGAUAAAAUACAUGCCACACACAAGAGAUUACCUAUUCGUGAACCAUUACAAUCCACGAGCAGAAAACGCAUAGGACAUGAAGAAUCUUCUGUUCGUGGUCCUUCCAAUAUCAAAAAAUUAACUAAUAAUCCUCCGUCACCUUCUCCGCAACAAAUGACCAAGAAGCGAACUAUGCAUUUUCCACCUGAGCCGUCUCGUCCCGCUAAACGCCAGCAAAUAAAAAAUAGCCGUGAAGAUCAUAUUGAUGAAAUGAAUGUAUCGUCUAUUAUUCAAUCAAUUUUCAGACGCAAUCGUCCUGUUCGUCG